GGAAAAAAACGAGAAAUAAGCUAGAUUUUCCUUCAGUCAUCUUCCUCUCUAUUAUUCGCUCUCAGAUAAAAACCCUAACCCUAAAAAUCUCCAAAUUCCCCCAAUUCGAUCCAUAUUCUUGAAUUGAAUUGAUCACUAUUAUCAUCAUACAGAAUGGUGUUAGGAGAAUUAAGCGGGAGUAUCUCCCGUGCUUUAGCACAAAUGAGCAAUGCGACCAUAAUCGAUGAGAAAGUAUUGAAUGAUUGUCUGAAUGAAAUCACUCGUGCUUUGUUAAAAGCUGAUGUCCAUUUCGAUCUAGUUAAAAAUAUGACUAUCAACAUCAAAAAGAUUGUUAAUCUUGAUGAUUUAGCUGCUGGUCACAAUAAACGCAGAAUCAUCCAACAGGCCAUAUUCAAUGAGCUGUGUAAAAUGUUGGAUACAGGGAAGCCUUCUUUCAUACCUAAAAAAGGCAAAACAAGCGUUAUAAUGUUUGUUGGUUUGCAAGGUUCUGGAAAGACAACCAGUUGUACGAAAUAUGCGUAUUAUCAUCAAAAGAAGGGUUUCAAGCCAGCUCUAGUCUGUGCAGAUACAUUUAGAGCUGGUGCUUUUGAUCAGUUGAAGCAAAAUGCGACCAAAGCUAAGAUCCCAUUCUAUGGAAGCUAUAUGGAAUCAGAUCCUGUAAAGAUUGCUAUAGAAGGAGUUGAGAGGUUCAAGCAGGAAAACUGUGAUCUUAUUAUUGUAGACACAAGUGGUCGUCACCAGCAAGAAGCUUCUCUGUUCGAAGAAAUGCGUCAGCUGGCUGAAUCAACGAAACCAGAUCUUGUUAUUUUCGUUAUGGAUAGUAGUAUUGGUCAAGCUGCUUUCAGUCAAGCUCAAGCCUUCAACCGAAGUGUUUCAGUUGGUGCUGUUAUUGUCACAAAGACCGAGGGUGCAGCAAAGGGAGGUGGUGCACUUAGUGCAGUCGCAGCCACAAAGAGUCCUGUCAUAUUCCUCGGGACUGGGGAGCACAUGGACGAGUUUGAAGUUUUCGAUGUCAAGCCAUUUGUCAGCCGUCUAUUAGGUAUGGGAGAUUGGUCUGGCUUUAUGGAAAAAAUCCAUGAUGUUGUCCCCAUGGAUCAACAACCUGAGCUUCUACAGAAACUAUCCGAAGGACAAUUUACUAUGCGCAUUAUGUAUGAGCAGUUCCAGAACAUACUCAAUAUGGGUCCUAUUAGCCAGGUUUUCUCUAUGCUUCCGGGAUUCAGUGCAGAAUUAAUGCCCAAGGGUCGUGAGAAGGAAAGUCAGUCAAAAAUUAAACGCUACAUGACUAUCAUGGAUUCAAUGACAAAUGAAGAGUUGGACAGCACCAAUCCAAAAAUUAUGAACGAGUCUCGGAUUAUGAGGGUAGCAAGGGGUUCAGGUCGCCAGCUUAGAGAUGUGAUGGAGAUGUUGGAAGAAUACAAACGAUUAGCAAAGGUCUGGGGCAAGAUGAAAGGUUUGAAAAUCCCCAAGAAGGGUGAAAUGAGUGCGUUGUCACGUAACAUGAAUGCACAGCACAUGAGUAAAGUUCUUCCUCCACAGAUGCUGAAGCAAAUAGGUGGCAUGGGUGGUCUACAAAACCUGAUGAAGCAAAUGGGUUCAUCUAAGGAUAUGAUGGGUAUGCUUGGGAAUAUGGGAGGAAUGGGAGGAAUGGACCAAUAGUUAGUUCAACAUCCACAUCUUCUCAUGAGCUCUGUCAUAAUCUAUGAACACACCAAGACACAUAUAAAGGGUCUUUUCCAGGACCACCUGCUAGAACACAAAUCAACUUUAUAUCUUCACUAUUGGUAGAGUAAAUUUUUGCAAUACCAAGUUACAAAAGAUGAUUUUUUUUUUUUUUUUUUUUUUUACAGUACAGUUUGUGUUUGUGUGUGUGUUCUCUUUUGUAUACUCUCAGCUACUCUCUCUGUCUUUUAGUUCACUCUUCUUCUAUCUUUUUCCUCCUUUUUCUUUGAGGUUAAUUCUUAUCCUUACUUUGUUUCAUAA